AUGAAAUCUUAAUUUGGAUCUGGAAUCGAGUCUAAACCAGAGGCAGAGUAUUACCCAGAAGUCAAGUUUGGAACCAAGGGAAAUAGAUAUUCUAUCACGUUCGUAGCUGACCAGAGAAUGUGUGAUAUAUUUGCACUAUUAGUCAAUAUGUUGAGUUAACUUUAAAAGUUAGAAGGGAGCUUCAAAAUAAAGGAUGUUCAUUCCACAUUCGAAAAUUAAAUAUAUAGUUUACAAAUAGACUUUGAGGAGAGUGUAGGGAAUCCGAAGAGUAAAAUAGUGACUCAAGGAACAAUCUAUAUUUAUGGGGAAAUGACAAAUGAAAAACCAUCAAUGUAAAUAAUAUUAGAAAAGACAGACUAAUUUUCAAAUGCAGAUUUAGAAGCAUUUAUGGCUUGUUAUGUCGAAGCAAAUCGACCAAGGACUUUGCAACACAUUAAGAAUUUUUCAUCUAGUUAACAAGUGCAGGCAGAAAUUAAACAACAACAAGAAAUCAAGACUGGGAAAACACUGCAAGAGUUGGAGAAGGCAGGUGUAACCAUAUUUAUGCCUGAUAACAAGGAGAGAAACUUAGAUUGGAAUUAUUUGGCAGGUUACGAAAAAUAAAAGAGAGACAUAGAAGACACAGUGUUAUUGGCCUUAUAAUAUCCAGAAGUUUAUGAUUCUCUUACAGCCUUGACUAGGGUUAAGAAUGAGCCAAAUAGACCAAAGGCUAUAUUGUUUGAAGGGCCUCCAGGGACAGGCAAGACAACAACUGCAAGGAUCAUAGCUUAGUAAGUUUAAAUUCCAUUGGUUUAUUUGCCUAUUGAGAGUUUUAUGUCGAAAUGGUAUGGAGAGAGUGAGAGACAAUUCGCAGAUAUUUGGAAGGGUUGUUAACAGUUGGGAAGAGCUAUAAUUUUUAUUGAUGAAAUAGAUGCGAUUGCAUAAUAAAGAGGAGGAGAAAUGCAUGAGGUAUCAAGGAGAAUCUUGUCUACUCUUUUGAGGAAGAUCGAUUCUUUUGAAAGCAAUACAAAUGUACUAUUGAUAUGUGCAACCAAUAGAAAAUAAGAUCUUGAUGCUGCCAUGUUGAGUAGGAUUGAUUUGUCUGUUAAAUUUGAUUUGCCAGAUAAUUAGGCUAGAUAAGAGAUCUUUUAAAGGUAUGCCAAACAUCUGACUGAUAAAGAGAGAGACAUACUCAGUCAAUUGAGUAAUGGGAUGAGUGGGAGAAACAUAUCGGAUAUUUGCAAAGAUGCUGAAAGAAGAUGGGCAGCAAAGUUAAUUAGAAAAGAAGUUACUGAACAAUUGCCUUCUUUGGCCUAAUACAAGGAGACUCUAACCUAAAGAUUAAAUAACUUUGCUUGA